AUGGUUCUUCUCAUCUAUCUUUCUGCCAUCGCCAUUGUGGCCGUUGGCUUGAUCUAUACCGUCCUACACGUUGGCGCAAGGGCCAGCAACCUACCUCCAGGGCCGCCGACAUUGCCUAUUCUGGGAAAUCUCCAUCUGCUGCCAGGGAAGGGAUUGCAUCUCAAACUCACAAAAUGGGCGAAGCAGUACGGCGGCAUAUAUUCCCUCAAGAUGGGAACCGGAACCGCAGUCGUUCUUACCGACCGCCGGAUCGUCAAAGAGCUUCUGGACAAGAAGAGCUCGAUCUAUAGUGCGAGACCGCAAUCGUACCUAAACGACCUCAUUAGUGGAAGCGACCACAUGCUCGUCAUGCAUUAUGGGGAAGCCUGGAGGCACUUCCGCAAGAUUUCACAUCAGCACUUUAUGGAAACCAUGGUCGAGAAGGAGCACAUCAAAGUCCAGGAAGCCGAAGCUGUACAGAUGAUCCGCGAUUUUAUCAUCGCUCCAGAGCAACAUAUGAUCCAUCCCAAAAGGUUCAGCAACAGCAUCGUUAUGAGUUUGAUCUACGGACAUCGAAGCGCUACUUGUAACGAACCGUACAUGGUCAGACUUUACGAAAUCAUGGACCAGUUGAGCGUGAUCAAUGAGAUUGGCAACACACCGCCUGUGGAUGUUUACCCCUUCCUGCGCUGGGUCCCCGAACAACUCCUUGGCAUGUGGGUCACCCGAGCUACGAAGCUCUACAACGAUGAAAACUCUCUCUUCAGUGAUUUGCUCGAUAUGGUCCAGGCAAGGCGCGAGAAGGAAGGGAGCAAGGAUACCUUCAUGGACAGGAUCAUCGAGCAGGCUGAGAAGGCGGGAUUGAACCGACACCAGCAAUAUUACCUCGCCGGAACAAUGCUGGAAGGGGGAUCCGACACUUCUUCUGCCAUAAUUAUCGCUUUCAUCCAUGCCAUGACCAAGUGGCCCGAGAUCCAACUGAAAGCCCAAGCAGAGAUUGAUGCCGUUGUUGGUGAAGACCGGUCACCUAAGUGGUCCGAUUACGCAAGCUUGCCGUACGUUGCUGCUACUGUCAAGGAAGCCAACCGCUGGAGGCCGAUCGUGCCGCUUGCCUUUCCUCACGCAGUGAUAGAAGACGACUAUAUUGAUGGAUACUUUAUACCCAAGGGAACCACUGUCAUUCUCAACUCGUGGGGCUUACACCAUGAUGAGAGAAAGUUCCCUCACCCGGAGAAAUUUGACCCUGAUCACUACAAAGGCCAAACAGAGCUUGCCCCGGUGUUAGCUGCAGCGGCCGAUUACGAGAUCCGCGACCACUACGGCUACGGCACCGGUCGCCGAAUCUGUCCAGGCAUUCAUCUCGCAGAGCGCAACCUUUUCCUCGGCAUCGCCAAGCUGCUCUGGGCUUUCAGCUUUGCCCCUGGUAAGGACGAGCAGGGACGAGUCAUUGAACCGGACGUGGAACCUAUGACAGCCUACAGCCCAGGGUUCCUCUCCAGUGCGCUUCCCUACGCUGUGGAAAUCAAGCCGAGAUCCCAGAAGCGAGUCGAGACCAUCAUGCGAGAAUUCAAGGAAGCGGGCGAGGUUUUUGCAAAAUAUGAGAAAUGA